AUGUGGGCGGCCGAUGCGCCCGAGGAGGACGACCAGUGGAGGUUCACUGAAGACGGUGAUGGCUUCAGCUACGUCCGUGACGCUCCAAGCUUUCAUCAGAAGCCGGCUUUCACGGGGAGCUUGGAGAAGAAGUCCACCGGUGAGAAGUUCAAGGUCACACUUCGCUUUGCCCAGCAGUACCUGAAUCCUGGCGAGACUCAGCUGAUGUCCGGUGGGGAGCGAGGCUGUGCCCACUCCCACAGGCGCUUGUGGGAAUUCGCAUCCAAGCGUGCAGAGCCCACACUGGUGCUGGAGGAUGACGUCCACCUUGGCUUUGACCGCAACGGGGACAAGGGCAAGAUGAACGGCAAGGUCUUCACUAAGCGCCUGGCUGAAGCUAUCGCACGUGAUGUCAUCUACCUGGGCUGGAGUGGCUGGAGAGGUGGCAACUUCAAGCUUUGGAAGGAGGAUGACAGCGGACUCUCAAAUGCUGAUCGAACAUUCAUUCAGAAGGCCUCAGCCGAAUAUGUUUGGACCACUGUGGCUUAUGUGAUCUCACAGGCCCGUGGACUGAGUGGUUUGGGUGUUGGCCGAACGGCGCCCUUCAUGGCCGGAGCUCAGAAGCUCUUGCAGCUGGCCACGCCCAUUGACCAACCGGUGGACAACUUCAUGGCCUGGCAGGCGAGCCAGGGGAACUUGAAGUCCUUCGUGGCGCUGGAUGAAGGUGAUGAGGACUCCACCUGGGCCGGUGGCAUCGUCGACCAGUUUGACUUCCAGGGUGAUUCGGACAUCAAGAAGUCGGGGGACCUAGAAUCGACCAGAUUUCUAGCCUCGCUGCGCAAGCUGUGUGUGACCUUACCAACCCGCCCGCCUGUGGAGCUCGUCCGGGUUGGUCGGACGGAGGCCACCAAGGAGACGAUGCCAAAGACUUCGCCGCCUGAGGGCGGGCUCGACAGCCGAUCUGAAGGGCGACGCGCCUGCGGAGACGCGGCCGAAGCGAAGGAGGCCUCGGUGGUUUGGGGAGUUGCCGUAGCACCCAUGGGUGGUUGCUUGCACUACGAGGACCGGCGUGAGGCCGAGCAGGAGAUCACCCUGGAAGGGGGCGAGGGUGAUGCCGUGUACUUCCAGCGCGUCAGGCCAGGUUCCAGAGCUGAGCAAGCUGGUGUUCAAGCUGGAGAUGAAGUGUUGCAGGUGAACCUGCUGGAGCCUUCGGUGCUCUUUUGGCGCCCGGGCGAGGAGAUCCUGCCCUCCCUCCGAGGCCCGGUGAUGCUACAGUGGCGCGCGCGGCCAGCCAAGAAGUGGUCGGAGCGGACGAGGAUCAAUCACAAGCCGCUGAAGCUUCAGUGGCACGCAGAUGAGCAUGAGCUGGUCGAGGUGGUACCGGAGUAUCCCAAGUCUCGUGCACGAAGCAGCGGAGCCGGCGAAUGGAUUUGUGGCUCGUGUGAUGCGAACAACUUCGACACACAGGAGCACUGCCGGCGCUGUGGUCUUCGAGACUCCCGGCUGCCGCCGCGACCUGGGAAAGCCCCUCAGCUGGCGCCGGAGUUGAAAUGCACCAAGUCCGAGGAGGAAGAGAUGAGGCCCCGGGCUCACGUGGCCUUCGGGCCCAUGGAGAUCUUCCGUGAG